AAUAGCACAUUGAGUGUUGACUCAAAAGUCUACCGUCUUCUCUCACGUCUCCCGCGCCGAAACCCUAAACCACCGCCGCCGCGGCCGCUGCCGCUGCCGCCGCCGCCGCCGCCGCCGCCGCCGCAGCUGCCUUCUUCUUCGACAGGCGAGCUGACCGAUCAGGCCACGCCGGUGUGCCUCCGACUUCGUUGUACGAUUCAUCCGGAGGUAAUCACUUCCGAUCCGUUCCGUUCCGUUCCGGCCGUUCCGAUUCGUUCUUUUACCGUUAUAACGUCCGAGAACGGCGUUUCAGAGCAAGCCACGUUAUUUACCGGAACUUUGGAACGGCGUGAGGCGUUCCCGUUCCGGAACGCCCGUUCCGGCCGUUCCGACGAACCAUAACAUAGGGAGAGAGAGAGAUUCAAUAUGGUGGUCUCUGGUAGAACUCGGAAGAAGGUUCAACACAAGUUCAAGCUCCGUGGCUUCACCUUCAAGGUUGAUGCCAUGGAGGAGGUCCUUGCUUACCUUGCUCAUUUUCCGAAUGACGAAGAUGAGGCUCUUGACCUCCUUAUUGAUGAGAUGUACAACAAAUCUUUGCAUUCGUCAAUUUUGGAUCGUGAGGUGAUACAUGAUGUGGUUGCCUCUCUGUUAGAGGCGCAUGCUGCCCCUGAUAAUAGUGCCAGAAGCACUAGUGACCAUGCUGUCCUCCGGGUUAUUGAUGUAUUCCACAUCCAUCGAUUUCAUUAUGAUGGCAUCAAGAAGGUCUUCUAUGAACACACUGGUAAGCUGCCUAUCCAUGGUGAUGCUGUCGAUAAAGCUGCCCUGUACAGGGAUAGAUACCAGCUUUUGUUUCAGAGGAUCUCUCGUGAUAAGUACUUCUCAAGACCUGUUUUUGCUACUGAAAUGACUGAAUCUGAGAGCUGUGAGAUUACUUCCAUCCAGUCACUGAUUGGUUGCACUGGAAGAAGAUGGAUCAUGGGGGUGAUCUCCCAAUUGGAAGAAGGCCAAUUCUACUUGGAAGAUCUGGCUGCUGCUGUGCCGAUUGAUUUAUCAAAUUCAAAAAUCACAGCAGGAUUCCUUGUUGAAAACACUGUCAUUGUUGCAGAGGGAGAAUUACUUCCUAAUGGAAUUUUUCAGGUUAAUACAUGUGGAUUUCCGCCAUUAGAGGAUAGAGAAGUGUCAUUAAAAUUACUCAUGGGUCUUGAUUUCUUUGGUGGAGGAGUGCUAUCAAAUGAAGAAAGGUCCAAGCUAUUAGAGAUGGAGAAGGCGGCAGUGAAUCACAUGCUUGUGAUCCUAUCAGAUGUUUGGUUGGACAACGAAGAGACUAUGGAGAAACUCGCUGUGGUCUUUGAUGCUUAUGAGGGUGUUGAGGUGGUUCCUUAUCUGUUUAUCUUGAUGGGGAAUUUCUGCUCACGGCCAUGCCACUUUGCUUUUCAUUCUUAUUCAAACCUCAGAAUGCAGUUUGGGAAGCUUGGGGAAAUGAUUGCAUCUCACCCAAGGCUUAAAGAACAAAGCAAAUUUUUACUUAUCCCAGGUCCUGAUGAUGCAGGUUCAUCCAAAGUACUUCCCAGGUGUGCUUUGCCUAAGUAUCUCACUGAAGAAUUUCAAAAACACAUUCCAAAUGCUAUUUUUUCAAGCAACCCCUGCAGAGUCAAAUUUUACACCCAAGAAAUUGUAUUUUUCCGGCAAGAUCUGCUUUACAGAAUGCGUAGGGCUUCUUUGAUUCCACCACCAACAGAGGAAACAAAUGAUCACUUCGAGCAUCUUGUAGUGACUAUCACUCAUCAAAGUCACCUUUGCCCCUUGCCUUUGACUGUGCAACCUAUCAUUUGGAACUAUGAUCACUGUCUGAGGCUAUAUCCAACUCCCCAUAUGAUAGUCUUGGCGGACAAAAGUGAGCAGAAAUCCUUCAAAUAUACUGGAAUUACUUGUGUCAAUCCGGGUUCUUUCUCUAGCGACAAUUCCUUUGCGGUAUAUCGCCCGUGCACUCAGGAGGUCGAGUUGUCUGCCUUGGAUGGUUAGGGACUACGCUUCGACUUCUACUGGUUGAGGAUAAUAGACCAAUGAACAAGAUAUAUCCUGUCAAUGAGGAAACAAGGGAUUUGUGGAAGUGGAAGUGUAAAAUUUUUCGAACUAUAAUCUUGAGAUAUGCAUACGCCCCUGUUCAAGAUAUCGAUCUGAUAUGCAUCUAAGAGGUGAAAACUUAAAAUCA